AUGUAUCGGACUGUUCCGCGAUGUUCCACGUCAAGCACAUUGAUUUGUAUGUUUCGAGUGUGUAACUUGAGGCGGUCUUAUUCGCCAUUAUUUGUUGAAACGACGUCAACGGAAAUAUCGAAGCCGAAAGAUGACAAAUUGCAGAAAAGGAAAGACCCAACGAUGCUUGAGGAAAUCGAUGUCAAGAGUUUACCGAGAGCGGAGAGAAGACAUGUGGAGGAAUUUUUAAAGAUGAGUGAAACAAGAGCAGAUGCUAUGAAAAGAUUAAGUUAUAAGAAUUUGGCUACAUUUUUCGUACUGUUUGGUUUGGCAGUGGGUGUGUAUGCAUAUACUUAUACUGGACUUAAGCAAGAAACUUUCCUAGAAGAAAUUGAUGAAGAGUUAGCGAUAGAAUUGGCCGAAAAAACAAAAGAAGAUUGA